CCACAACCUUCUCUCCAGACAUUGAUUCUGGGCUAAUCACUGUGGGAACCUCCCAGUGGGACAAGGAGUCAGAGCCGGGACACAGAGGAGACACUGGGAAUGCAGAAUAGUGAGCAACAAAUCACCCUGCUAAUCUGAAGAUCCCCUUCCCCACCUCCCUCCACACUCCCACCCCUGGCCUGACACAAUGGCUGGGUGGGGCUGAGGAACUGGCUUCCUCUGUGGAGAUGGAAAUCUGGGCCUUCAGUUCCCGUCCCAAAGACCCAGGGAUAUUUAUUUGGAGACACUGGGCAGCAUUUGGUGCUCCAAGGGGGCAGGAAGAUAGGCUGAAAACAGAAACUACCCCAAAUCAUAAAGGCCCAGUGUGCGCAUGUGGAGCCUGGUGUGGUUGGGGGGGGUGGUGUCCGGUUGGGAGGAGGAUCGGAUUCCUGUUUCCUGCCCCUACUCACUCUGCCCUAGGAGGUGACGGAGAGUGGAGGGAACUGGAGGCUCUGGUCUCCAUCCUCCUUGUCAAGAGGAAGAGAAGCCCAGGUCUCAGUCUCAGUCCCAGUGCUGUGGGUUUGAUGCUUUGGCCUGGCAGUGGCCUCCCAGGCAUCCGGGCAGGACCCAGCCUCCCAUUGGAGCUUCUCUCUGUGACCAGACCCAGGGGAUGACUUCCACAGGACACCUCCCUCCUUGGAAACACUCAGAAGACAAUGUCAGCCGAGUCCCUUCCUGCAGCAACGCCCCCUACCUUGAAGCCCCCUCGGAUCAUCCGCCCCCGCCCCCCUUCUCGCCAUCGAGCUCCACACUCCCCGGGGCCUCCCCAAAACGGCUCCCCUUCGAAAGCACUUCCUCAAAUUCCCAAUGAUGCAUCAGCCUCAGUGUGCACCUCCAUCUUCUGGGAGCCCCCAACAUCUUCCCUGAAGCCCCCUGCCCUCCUGCCCCCUUCAGUUUCCAGAGCCAGUCUGGACUCUCAGACUUCCCCUGACUCGCCUUCCAGCACGCCCAGUCCCAGCCCAGUGUCCCGGCGCUCCGUCUCCCCAGAACCAGCUCCUUCCUGCUCGCCAGUGCCCCCACCCAAGCCCUCUGGAUCGCCCCGAACACCUUUGCCCUCGUUCCCUAUGCCCCUCCAGGAUGGCUCUGCCUCGGCCCCUGGCACGGUUCGCAGACUGGCUGGCAAGUUUGAAUGGGGGGCUGAAGGCAAAGCCCAGUCCUCAGACUCCCUGGAGCGAUGCUCCCAAGGGGGCACGGAUGUGAAUGGGGAGAGAGAGACUCCCCAAGCCAUCCCUUCCGGGAAUGGGUCCCAGGAGAAUGGCACUCCAGAUGCUGCCCUGGCUUGCCCUCCAUGCUGCCCCUGUGUCUGCCAUGUAGCAAAACCUGGCCUGGAGCUCCGAUGGGUGCCUGUGGGGAGUUCUGAUGACAUCCUCAGGGCCCCCUGCCGGGCAUCCCCACUGCGAGCCUCCCGCUCCCGCAUCAACCCACCAGUCAUCAGCCACCCUCCAGUCGUCCUUACAUCUUACCGCUCCACUGCCGAGCGCAAACUCCUACCUCCCCUCAAGCCCCCCAAGCCGACUCGAGUCAGACAGGAUACCAACACCUCCGGGGAGCUUCCACAGCCGGACCUGGAACUGCCUUCGGAAGAUGGGAUCCAAACAGUUCUCUCUCCAGGGGACAGGCCUGAAGAAGCGCCUCAGAAUGUUCCUCCUGCGGCCUUGGAGGGAAGGGAUGAGGAAGGGCUGGAGGGGUUGAAGGAGCAGCAGUGGGAGCUGCCCCUGCAGGACGAACCAUUAUACCAGACCUACAGAGCAGCUGUGCUCUCAGAGGAGCUGUGGGGUGUGAGUGAGGACGGGAGCCCCUCUCCGGCUAAUCCCGGAGAAGCUCCCACCUUCUCCAGGCUCCCCGGACCUCGAAACACUCUAUGGCAGGAGCUCCCAGCUGUGCGAGCCAGUGGCCUCUUAGAGAGCUUAAGCCCCCAGGAAAGGCGCAUGCAGGAGAGCCUGUUUGAGGUGGUGACCUCAGAGGCCUCCUACCUACGCUCUCUGAGGCUACUGACCGACACCUUCGUCCUGAGCCGGGCUCUCCGGGACACACUCACUCCUCGGGAUCACCACACACUUUUCUCCAACGUGCAGCGAGUCCAGGGUGUCAGUGAGCGGUUUCUAGGAACAUUACUAUCCCGUGUUCGCUCUUCCCCACACAUCAGUGACCUGUGUGAUGUGGUGCAUGCCCACGCAGUUGGUCCUUUCUCAGUGUAUGUGGAUUAUGUACGGAACCAACAGUAUCAGGAGGAGACCUAUAGCCGCCUUAUGGACACUAACGUGCGCUUCUCUGCGGAGCUGCGAAGGCUGCAGAGCCUCCCCAAAUGUGAGCGGCUCCCACUGCCAUCUUUCCUGCUGCUGCCCUUCCAGCGAAUCACACGGCUCCGAAUGCUGCUGCAGAACAUCCUGGGCCAGACAGAGGAGGGGUCCAGUCGCCAGGAGAACGCCCAGAAGGCCCUGGGUGCUGUGAGCAAGAUCAUUGAGCGCUGCAGCGCUGAGGUGGGGCGCAUGAAGCAGACAGAAGAAUUGAUCCGCCUCACGCAAAGGUUGCGUUUCCACAAGGUCAAGGCUCUACCCCUGGUCUCCUGGUCACGGCGCCUGGAAUUACAGGGGGAGCUGACAGAGUUGGGAUGUCGGAGGGGGGGUGUGCUCUUCACCUCCCGCCCCCGCUUCACUCCCCUCUGCCUGCUGCUCUUCAGCGAUCUGCUGCUUAUCACUCAGCCCAAGAGUGGGCAGCGAUUGCAGGUUCUGGACUAUGCCCAUCGCUCCCUGGUGCAGGCCCAGCAGGUUCCUGACCCAUCUGGACCCCCUACAUUUCGCCUCUCCCUUCUAAGCAACCACCAGGGUCGCCCCACCCACAGGCUACUCCAAGCGGCCUCACUGUCAGACAUGCAGCGCUGGCUGGGGGCCUUUCCCACCCCAGGUCCCCUUCCCUGUUCCCCAGACACCAUCUAUGAAGACUGUGAGUGUUCCCAGGAGCUGAGUUCAGAGUCAUCCACACCUUCCAAGACAGAGGGGCAAAGCCUGGAUUCCAAGGCUCACCGCAAGCAUCCCCACAAGAAUCCUGAAGGUUGGCUUAAGGGGCUUCCUGGAGCCUUCCCUGCCCAGUUGAUGUGUGAAGUCACUGGAGAACACGAAAGGAGGAAGCAUCUUCGCCAGCAUCAGAAGCUUCUUGAGGCUGUGGGACCCUCUCCAGGCACUUCUGACACCCCUCAGCCCUAACACAGGCUAGGAAGAGGGCACAGACUGGGACACUGGCAGCAGCAUGGAGAAGACGAAGUCUGCCCAUCUAUCCGUAUCCCUCUACCGUCUGCUUGCUGUCAGUGGAAACACUACCUCUAGUGGCAACCAGCAGAGCUAGAGAGAGCUUCAGGACCGAGCAGCUAAUGAAGCAGGCCAUCUGAGCCUACAGCAGGAAAGAAGAGGAUGGAGACAGCACAGAGUGUCCAAGGUUGAGACCCUGGCUAUCGAGUAUCACCAAGGAAGAAGCCGGGCAAGGCAUUGAGAGAUGGCGUUACUGGAGUAGUCCUGAAGACAACAGGGAUGGGUAGGAACCCAUUCAGCCAAAGAAGAUGGUGGUUUGGACCCAAGAGACCAGUAGUCAUUCUGCUUGGCUCUACAGAAGCCACUGAUCCUAUCCUUUGAGUAUAGAAAGUAUUAAAUUAAUCUAAUCCUUCUAUUUCUGGACUACUUCCUAUGCUCUUUCAAACCACUUCCUUUGUUCCAGAAGAAUCCAUAGUGUGUCUCAGAGGACAUGUGUACACAUGUGUAUAUGUAUCUAGGAAGGCAGUUCUACUGAAUGUGGUGUUUGUGUGUGUGAAAGAGAAAGGGAGAGAGGAGAAAGAGAGAGAGAGAGAGAGAGAAAAACCACUCAUGUCAGUGACUGGAAACUUCAUUGCUUUUCUUCUUCUUCUUUUUUUUUUUCUUGUUAUUUUUCUCCCAAGAAGACAUUUGGCCUGAGUUCUAAAGAGAGUGCUGAGUAUAGCUUGGCCAGAGGCUAGAACCGUGGAUGAGAGUCAUGGAUUUUGGGUCUCUUGGGUCCCUCUGGGUUCCAUGACAGUUGAAGCAGUCAAUGGUCUGGCACAUGACUGAGGAACUAAGUAGCUGGGAUGAAAGAGCCUCUGCAGUCUGGGUAUUUUCCUAUCCCAAACACUGACCUCCAUAUUCCGUGCCUCUCUGCAUAUCUCCCAACUUGAAUUGUCAUCACGUCAGCCAGCCUCAGCAGCAGGCUGCAGAAUGAGUCCCAGGCCAGCCAGUGUCUGUCCUGGGGAAUCUUCGUCUAACCUGAUCCUCUCAGAGACAGAGGGCGAGCCAGCUCGGUGGAGGGAGUAGAGAGCUGGUGGCAUUUCCUAACCUCAACCAGUUCCGGCUGCUGAGAACCUGUCCUCGUGCUGGAGAGGUGAGGGCUACCACAGCAGGACGAACAAUUGCUAGGGUUGGAGCUCAAGCCUGGGCAAAGGCUCUCUGUUCACGACUGUGCAAUGCUCUUCCUCCAUGUAUGACAACCUGCCCAGACAGAAACUGCCACGGUGACUGUGGGAGGUGGAAUGGCUCUGGGGACUUGAAGACAGAAGGGCACUGGUAUGUCCACAGCUUUCACCCAGAAAAGUGCCAACCACAUGGGAAACCCUCAAUAAACGUUGGUGGCAUUACCCUGGGGCUCUUCAAGGCUUGAGCAGGCAAUGGUCUACAAACAAUGGCUUUAUAUGGAGAUAGUGUUGGAUGCAGCGGUGCCAAGAACAGGUGUGUCGGUUCCACUGGAACUGGGGUUAGAGACCCGGAGCAAGGCCUGCCCGGAGUGUGUCGGCCUCUGCACAGCUUCCUAAGAGAUCUGUGCCUGUGGUGGACUAGAGCUGCUGCAGCUGGGGCUGCCGCAGGCUGGAAAAGAAGGCAGGGCAGGCUCAGCACGGCUGGAGCUGUGUAUAGGGUACAGUAAGAGAUCAGGGCAGAGUGUCACCAACAAGGACCUUUCACCGACUAGC